CCCCAAGCACAGCGGAUUUUGAAGCCUGUGGCGGUGAUUCCGACCCAUUCCUGGCGCUGAUUGUGUGCGCCAUGGCGUUACGCCUCGAGGCGGCCUCUGGCGCCUUGCCGAGCCUUCCGAGCGCUGGGCUUUCCGCCCCGAGACCUUCAGCGCGCAAAGUCCGGGUCGGCUUCGCAUUUGAUGCGCGGGCGUCUGCAUCGGCCGUAGUGGCAGGGCUACUCCUGCGCAGGCGAUCCAAAGUUCUGCGCCGGGCGCAGGCCCAAGAUGAAGGGCUGCAGAAGUUAGACUCCUUGCUGCAGCGCAUUCUGCAGGCAGAGCUGAGCUCUGAGUCGGUGACGGUGCGUAUGGAGGCGGAGUCGCAGGCGACCAAGAUGUUGUCGGAGCUGCGAGGAGGCCCUCUCCGCUUCUUUGGCACGGCCGAGCGGAAGGCGGCCAAGCGGUCCUACAGCUUGCAAGAAAUGAAGGACAACGGCGUGGAUGCCACCCAAUUUCUGAAUCCCCAGGAUAGCACCCUGGACUUCGUGAAGACGGUGCUGGCCGGAGUGCUGGCGCUGGGUGGCGCCGCCUUCAUCUUGGCCGCGAAGCCGGGGCCCGGCUUCGUGGUCUUCGCGACGCUGGUUUCGCUGACAAUACUCUUCUUUGACCAGGUUCUCAACAAAGGCUUCGGUGAGCUGCUGCUGCUGGACACCUUGGGCCGCUCCGUCAGCGCAGACUACGGGCAGCGGGUGGCCUGCCAUGAGGCGGGCCACUUCCUGGUGGCCUACCUCCUGGGCGUCAUGCCCAAGGCCUACACGUUGAGUGCCUGGGAAGCUUUCUCCAAGUACAACUCCAUGUCCACCCAAGCGGGCACCGUCUUUCUGGACGAGGCCAUCCAGCGCGAGAUGCAGUCAGGCCAAGUCUCUGGCAAGACCUUGGACAGCUUCGUGGGUGUCGCCUUGGGCGGCAUUGCCGCGGAGUACGUCACCUAUGGCCAGGCCAAUGGCGGCAUGUCCGACAUCAUCCAGCUGGAGGCCUUGUUUGAUGCCCUAAAGUUCGACCAGAACCAGACCAACGUGCUGCUCCGGAGCAGCGUCAUG